AUGAAUUUCCGCACAAAUGGAUCGGGAGGUCCGCUCAUGGGAUUGUUUAUAACAAAACGACAUGAGCAAGAGAUGGAGCAAGAAGUGACUACAAGGGUUCAGAAAGCAACCACAGGACUAUCGGAUCUUGUCGUUCAAAUGGCAAACGACACUUCCUUGGGAAUAUACAGGAUUCAAGAGCAUGUCCAUAAAAAGGUUCCAGAAAUUAUGCAGCCGAGAUUCGAAACUUACUCCGAGGAAUGGAUCGUAUCGACAGUUUUGCUAGAUGCACAGAGUACAUCAACCAAAUCGCUGCAUUGCAUAGUACGGCGCCGCAUGCACCACAAUAAUAUUGUUCGUGUUUAUACUGCGUUCUAA